AUGAAUGCUCGAUCACGGCUAAGGCUUCACGGUCGUAUCAGCGUCUUCAACCAGGAUGGCUCUUUCGAUACUGUUCGUAUCCAGUUGCAAGGUGCCAUCCGUACCAAGAUUGGGUCACAGGCUGCAGUUGAAAAGAUCCCUUCCACAUCCAUUGUCAAAACCAACUUGGACUUCAAGCCGGUCUACUCUCCAUCUCAACAGCGAUCUGAAGAACAAUAUCUUGAUUUCGUCUGUCCAAUUCCGUCCCCCAGGAACGCCCCCUUCGGCGAAUUCGUACCAUCGAUGACGCUGUCUGGUACCACAUAUCUCACCCGGGUGACUGCUCUGACGAACAGGGAGCUUUUGGAGGGCUCUUGUGAGGUAGCUUACUCGCUCGAGGCCGAGUUCUUGCGAUCGCAAACGGGUCAGGUGGUACGGAGGAUCAGUUGUCCAGUCAAUGUCUCAUCAGGUCUAACUCCUCUGGAUGUGGAGGUCACCUCUCCAAGCCACUCAGACCAAGUUGAGCAGGUUGCAAAGCCUCAACUGCGGUUGAACAGAUUGCUUGGGCCUCAGUCACAGCCUGAAGUAUCCGUGCACUUGCCAAAGAUGCUUGGCUGCGCUACCAACGACUUCUCCACAGCUUCCACUGGUUGCCGACGACUCACGGUUCCAGUCUCGGUCAAGGUCGGCUUACCAUCGCACAUUCGCCGACAAGCACAAUCACUUCUUGAGACAGACUUGCUCAACUGUUCGGUAACGGCCCGGUGGUUUGCCAAAAGGACGUUCACAACUGGCUCUUCUGCUGUGGAGUCCACUGUUCACAGCGACCGAGCGUCGACACAGAAGUUUGCCCUGACAUUACCGCCUCUCUACAAGACCAACACUGAGACUUCGAAAUACACCACGUCAAUGGAGCUGGAGCUUCUCGUACCGGAAUCGAUCUCGACACCAUCGAUUUCUACAGAUCUAUUGAAAGUCAGUUACACGCUUGACCUGUCAAUGAAGUUCGAAGUGAGCGGGAACGAUCGGCUUAAGGGCCCGCACACGGCAACUUUCAGUCUCCCAGUGGCGCUUUGGGCUGCUCAACCACAGUCGUUGAUCAGCCGUCGCACUCUUGAUCCACUCCUAGGACUUGUUGAGGAGCAAUCAAUCUAUGCUCCGCCCCCAUAUGUAUACUAG